AAAAAAAAAAAGGGUUUUAAAGGUAGAAACAAUGACGACAAUGAUCUCCAAUCUUCCAAAGGAUUUGAUCGAGGAAAUUCUUUCGAGGCUUUCCUGGAAAUCUAUGAAAGCAGUGAGAUUAACUUGCAAAAGUUGGAACAAUUUAUCCAAAAGUGAGAUGUACAUUGGUAAAUCAACAAGAGAAGGACAGUCUAUGAUGAUCGCGAUGAUGCCUCACAAUCUUUAUCUAAUGAGCUGCGUCGUCGACGUUGAUCCAUCUAUAGAGCAUAAAGGUCAACUUAGUUUCCUUCACAAUCAAGUUAGCAUAUCUCGAGUCUUUCACUAUGAGGGUUUAAUUUUAUGCAUCUUGAAAGACGUUACUAGGAUUGUGGUUUUGAAUCCGUAUUUGGGCCAAACAAGGUGGAUCAAACUCAGAUUUUCUCACUGUCAACAAAGAUUUGACAUGUUCAGUUAUGCUCUCGGUUACGAGCAUAAAGAAUCUUGUCGUAGUUUUAAAUUCUUGAGGUUUAUAGAUUAUUUCUACAAAGCACCCGAAACGAAAUUUUUUUGGUAUGAAAUCUACGAUUUUGAUUCUGGUUCAUGGAGUACUCUUGAUGUCACUCCACACUGGUUUAUAUCUUGUUCAAGCGAUAGCGUUUCUCUUAAGGGAAAUACCUACUGGUGUGCUAGAGAAAGGACCCCUGAAAACGGUCUCCGCGAUCACAUAAUCUGUUUUGAUUUUACAAGAGAGAGAUUUGGGCCGCUUCUACCUCUGCCGGUUAACGUUACUGAUCAUGACUAUGGUAUUGUGACUUUAUCUUGUGUUAAAGAAGAGAAGAUUGCAGCCUUAUUUCAGCACUACGCAUCAUUUGAUUCUGAGUUUGAAAUAUGGAUUACGACUAAGAUUGAGGCCGAAAUGGUGUCGUGGAGCAAGUUCUUGAGAAUGGAUACGAAGCCUAAGAUAUUUUUUCCAGAUACUUUCUUCAUUGAUGAAGAGAAGAAAGUCUUCAUGGAUGUUGGUAGAGACUAUGAAGGUAAUUGGGACUAUGACUAUGAAUAUCCCAAAACAUUAAUUUACAUCAUUGGAGAGGCUGGGUACUUCAAAAAAUUGGAUCCCGGAUUACCUAACCAAAACCGUUGGCCACGUGUGUGCUCUUAUGUUCCAAGUUUGGUCCAGAUCAAGAAACUUGCACGAGGCAAAAGGAUAGAACAAAGUAGUUUAGAAAAGCAUCGAUUUGAUCAAAACAUGUUGAGACUUGCUGAAAUUGAAAUUGGUAGGAAGAGGCGCAAAAGGAGAAAACAGGAUGAUUAGGGACAAAACUGAGAUUGGUUGCUAAGUUACAGGAGCAGAACAUUAAGAAGGGUCGAGUUUUGGAAACGCUCUGAGAUGCUCUUGGAACCUUAUGGGAAUUCUUGCAUUGUGAUGCCUAUUUUACGUGAUAAAGAAACCAUAUGAUGUUGCUGGUGCUGUUUGGUUUCUCUUUUACUGUGUUUUGAAACAACUCUGUUUUUUGUUACCAGUAAUUUCAUGAAUAUGAACUUGGCGUAUACAUGACUCAGGCAUGCUUAAGGUUCAUUAAUCAUUAUGAUGAAGUUGCAAUCGAUGUGAAACAAG